AGCCAUUUUGGCUCAAGCCUGCCUUGGGCGCCAGGCAGGCAGGUGCUUGCUUGGCCUCUCUCGUCUGCUGCUGCGCUCGAGAGCGGCUCUCUCCAUCUCCCCUUCGCCACGUCCUGUGGCCAUGGCGGAGCUCUCGGAGGGGUCCAAGGUUUCUGCUACGGGUGGCCGCCCGCUUCUGUGGCGGCCUAGCUCGCUCCGCUCCCAGGAGGAUGCCGCCCUGGGCAGAUCGGCUGCGAGAAGAAGGGCCAGGCGGAGAUGCAGGCAAGCUUGCGAGAACGCCCUGCGCAAGCUGGCCGAGGCAGAGGCGCGCCCAGGCUCCUGGCAAGAUCGGGAGCGGGCGGCGCGGCCGGCGCUGGUGCUCGCGGCCAGCGGGCGCCGGGUCCCUGGGGCGCGACGGCGGCGCCGGAAUGCCGCACUUCACGCGGCGCGCAUCCCAGCGGUGGGAUUCGCAGCCGCCUCUGAGGCCGACCUGGCAUGGGCUGCUGCAGGGCCUCGGCUAGGGGAGAUGCACACCCACGAGGUCCAUGCAGAGGUGCUGGAUGGUCAGCUGCUCAACGUGGCUGUGCCUGGCACGGACGCGCUGGGAUUUCAGCCUCCCUGCGCCUUCCCCAUCGACGAGGGCGUGGAGGACGAGUGCUCGGGCUGGCCUGCUCCUGGCAUCUGGCAGCCUCUCAGCCCCGAUGCGGAGACUCGCAUCUUCGCGGACGGCUUGGAGGCGGGCUGGCGGCUCGCGGAGCAGUACCUGGAGCACAGGGGGCCCUCGGAGAAGCUACGCACCCAGGGCGCCUCCCUCGUGUCGUCGGGCGGGGUCGUGGAGGAGGUGUACGAGGAAAGCCAUCGAGGAGCUCCUUGUCGUUUUGCCCCUGGAUCUUUUCGCCAGGGUGCUCGCGAUCUUGACGGCGAAGAUCGGAGUGCUGGCUCGUGCGGAUAUCGGGAUCGCCGUGGAGUCACGGGGUCGAGCCGCAAGAGGGCGGUGCAUCGCCGCAGCCCUGCGACUUCUGAUCCUGGCCCGACGGCGCCGCCGAGUGCAGACGCUUCUGGCAUCGGGCCCCCGCAGCAGGCCGACUGCCAGCAGCAAUGAACCCUUCCUGUCCCGGGACCAGCCUAGGCGGGGUUUUGGGUUUGGGGCUUCGGCGACGCUUGUUCUCCUAUUUCCCUCUUUCCUCCCUCCGUCUCGGCCUUCCUUCUUCUCCGUAAGCGUCGCCUUAGUCUCCCGUCCAUAUUUGUUUGUCGCUCUCUGCUCCUAGAGUGGACUUGUGACACAGCAGUGUAACAGUGCA